CAUAUUUCUCUUCAUAAUCUUUGAAUUAAUUGAGCUAAUUGAUUCAAAAUGGCUCGACAAAACAACCUUAUAGUCUCCAAAAUUGGCAUUAUUGGAGCUGGUGUGAGUGGUUUAGCCAUGCUCAAGCAGCUGGCUCACCAUAAUCCACUGGUUUUUGAGGCAAGUGAUUCAGUUGGUGGAGUCUGGAAAACUUGUUCUUAUAAUUCCACAAAACUUCAAUCUUCUCGUACUGAUUAUGAGUUCACAGAUUUCCUUUGGCCUAACAGAGAUGAUCCAAAUUUUCCUUCUUAUCUUGAGAUUUUGGAUUAUUUGAGAUCUUAUGCUGAGUGUUUUGACCUAAUGAAGUACAUUAGGUUUAAUUCUAAGGUGGUGGAACUCCGAUUUGUCGGUGACCGGAAGGCUGCCGAUUGUAGCGGACAUUAUGGAAGCCUCCUCCCUGGUCAGCAUGUUUGGGAGGUGGCUGUGCAAACUAAUCAAACAGACACUAUUCAGUGGUACGCAUUUGAAUUUCUAGUGGUAUGCACCGGAAAAUAUGGUGAUAUUCCGAAGAUCCCUAAAUUUCCAAAAAAUGGAGGUCCUGAAAUAUUCAAAGGGCAAGUUUUGCAUUCACUUGAUUACUGUAAGCUGGACAAAGAAGCUGCUUCUCACCUUCUCAAAGGAAAGAAAGUUGCGGUUGUCGGCUUCAAAAAAUCAGCCAUUGAUUUAGCUUUGGAGUGUGCUCAGGCCAACCAAGGUGCAGAUGGGCAGCAAUGUACGAUGGUGGUGAGGACAUUACAUUGGACUGUUCCUCACUAUUGGAUAUGGGGUUUGCCAUUUUUCUUGUUCUUCUCCACAAGAUCUUCUCAGUUCAUCCAUGAAAAACCUAAUCAAACCCUCCUCAACUCCCUUUUUUGCCUUCUCUUUUCUCCAAUCAGACAUGUAGUUUCCAAAUUUAUAGAGUCCUACCUGCUCUAUAAGCUUCCUCUGCACAAGUAUGGAUUAAAACCAGAUCACCCUUUCAUCGAAGACUACGCGUCGUGCCAGAUGGCGAUCAUGCCGGAAAACUUUUUCUCCGAGGCUGACAAAGGCAACAUUCUGUUCAAAAGAACAUCAAAUUGGUGCUUCACUCAGGAUGGACUCCAAUUUGAAGAUAACACUAAACUGCAGGCUGAUGUUGUGAUUUUUGCAACUGGUUAUAAUGCAAAGAAAAAGCUUCAGAAUAUCAUACCAGAACCUUUUUUUAGUCUGUUAGAGUAUCCUUAUGGUGUAAUGCCCUUAUACAGAGGUACAAUUCAUCCUUUGAUUCCAAACAUGGCUUUCGCCGGAUUCAUAGAAAGUGUUUCAAACCUUCACACUGCAGAACUGCGAAGCAUAUGGCUGGCAAGACUAAUUGACAAUAAAUUUAAGCUUCCUACUGCAGAGAAGAUGCUGAAACAAGUUUCUAAGGAGAUUGAAGUUAUGAAGAGGACAACAAGGUUCUAUAAGAAAAAACAUUGCAUCUCUACUUUUAGCAUUGACCACAGCGAUGAAAUCUGUGACGAAAUGGGGUGGAGUUCCUGGAGGAAGAAGAACUUGUUGGCUGAAGCAUUUAGCCCGUACGGCAGCCAGGACUAUGAGCAGGAGGAGUAAUAAUAGCAUAAAGCAUAAUUAUUAUCUAAUUUUCAUUCUUUAAAUUUAAAAUAGAAUAAGCAUACUACUUCCUUUUUCAUGGUAAUCAAUCUUAUCAAGGAAAAGUAGAAACGAAGUAGGUCAAUGUAAUGUAAUUCUUAAUGUUUUAAAGCAUAGGAAUAUGAGAGGUCUCAAGAAAUUGCAAUAUUCAUUCAAAGAGAAAUAAUCAAACUUUUCUGUACUUUUUAACUACAAGAAGCUGCAUUUCAUUUCUUCCGAAUGUAUACUUAUGCGAAUAUUAACGGGUACAAUAGUAGCUACAGGGACUAAGAACAAAUACACCAAUAUGUUGCAUGCCAAGAAAUGUAAUAUAAAAUUGAUACAACAUACAGAAUUGUAGAUUCAAAUGCUUUGAAGUAGUU